AUGGCAGCCUCGUGCGCCACGGAGUGUGCAAGACCCUCAACUCAACUAACCAUCGUUCUCUUGCUACCCCUUCCCCAUGCCCUUGCAGACCCGUGCACCGUCAAGGUGUGUGGCCUCCAUGCCUCAUGCGUGAAGGACGUGGGACAGCCGGCCACGUGCGUCUGUGACGGGGGCUUCGCCAUGACGCCCGACCAGGGCUGCGUUGACACAUGCACGCUUAAGGCCUGUGUGGACGGCACGUGCAGCAAGCUGGAGAAUGGGACGGCCGUCUGUUCCUGCGACGCCGAGGCUGGCUUCAAGCUGCAGCUUGACAAGAGGACGUGCAAGUACGUGUGCGUGAUCGCGGAUUGUGAGACCAAAGACGCCAAUUCCGAGUGUGAGAGGAACCGGGACGAGGCCCACUGUAAAUGCAAGCUCAACUUCGAGCUGUUCCAGGGCGUGUGCACUGGUACGCUUCCUCGACUCCAUUUUGUGUCUGCCUCGCUUUGUGCAUCUGCGUGUCUCCUUUUCGUUGUUUUGUCCACGUUUCUCCGCUCUCUCAAACUGCCUUCUGCUGAUUCCCCUCCGCCCCUCCUUGCACAUCCCCUCCGCCCCUCCGCCCCUGCCCUUCCAGACACAUGCGUGGUGAAGGACUGUGUGGGUGGUGGUGGCACGUGCACCCAGGACGCUGAUGGAGUGGCAUUCUGCCAUUGUGAUGCCGUCGCUGGCCUCAAGCUGCAGGAUGACGGAAGGACGUGCAAGGACACGUGCGUGGUGAAGGACUGUGUGGGUGGUGGUGGCACGUGCACCCAUGAAGUCAACGGAACGGCAACCUGCCAUUGUGACGCCGAAGCUGGCCUCGUGCUGCAGGAUGACGGGAGGACGUGCAAGGACACGUGCGUGGUGAAGGAUUGUGUGGGUGGUGGUGGCACGUGCACCCAUGAAGUCAACGGAACGGCAACCUGCCAUUGUGACGGCGACGCUGGCCUCGUGCUGCUGGAUGACAAGAGGACGUGCAAAGACACAUGUGUUGUGAAGGGCUGUGGUGUGAACGGCAAGUGCCAGAAGGAAAUCACCACUGGAGUGGCGUCCUGUGUUUGCGACUUGGGUUUCACGCUGCAGGCUGAUGGCACCACGUGCAAAGAUAACUGCGAGAUCCUGAGCUGCAGUGGUCCCAAGGAGCACUGCGCCAAGAGCGCCACCACCGGCGAGGCAUACUGCAAGUGCGAUGACUACUUCCACAGGGCAGCUGGCGGCUUUUGCCAGGAACUGCAACACCUCCGUCUCCACGUGCGUGAGGAGGGUGGACGGGAUUCCGUUCUGCAUUUGCAACCCGGGUGUCCCGCUGAAUACCAAGCUCUGCGUUGGCAAGGUACCUUCAGCAUAGCCGUGAGGAGCAUCUGCUCUGGUAAUGGAACACCCUCAUCCCUGCUGGAGUGCCUCAAUAAAGGAGGAUGA